CUGCUGCACAUCACCAUGUCCAGUCCAUAGUCCAAACAGAAGCCCCAUUCUUCUUUACAUAGAAAGAUGAUGAUCGGAGAGAGAAACCACCCUUAUCCGACGGUUCAUAUUCCACCAUGGUCGUACGGAGAUAAUCAGACGGAUAACAUGCACCUAACUUUAAGCCCAAGCGGCAAUGCUAAUUCAAGCCCCAGCUUCAGUGCCGCUUCUGGUGAAGACUAUUCCAUGUUUCCCCAAAACGACAACGGUUUGAAGGCGCUCCAGCGUUACCUUCCGUUCAACGACGUCGUUAGUGAUUUUGACUUUGAGUACGGCGAAGGUAGGGAUGUUGACCUUCCGGUAGAUGCAUACUCUUGUGAUCAGUUCCGUAUGUACGAGUUCAAGGUGAGAAAGUGCGCACGUGGGAAGUCACACGAUUGGACGGAGUGUCCGUACGCACAUCCCGGCGAGAAGGCUCGUCGGAGGGACCCACGUAAGUAUAACUAUUCAGGCACUGCAUGCCCUGAGUUCCGUAAAGGAAAUUGUAGGAAAGGCGAUGGCUGUGAGUUCGCUCACGGCGUAUUUGAGUGUUGGCUCCACCCUGCACGCUAUCGUACGCAGCCUUGUAAAGAUGGUCUCAAUUGUAAGAGAAGGGUUUGUUUCUUCGCUCACUCACCGGAACAGAUCCGUGUACUGAGUCCGCGUGCCGAUUCGUAUGUUGGUUCUCCUUCCAUUUCCAGGUACGGUUUUGAGGGGAAAAAUUUGCCUUUUAUAACGUCUCCUGAAUCAGGUUCGCCACCUUGUGAGUCGCCGCCGAUGUCUCCGAUGACUCAGACGACCAACUCAGUGAGCUUGCUGAGUCGAUCUCUAGGGUCUAAUUACUCGAUCAAUGAAAUGGUGGCGUCACUUCGUCAACUGCAGCUGAACAAGGUGAAGUCCAUGCCCUCUUCCUGGAAUUUACAAAUGGGCUCUCCUGUCCUCGGGUCACCCAGGAUACCCGUAAACCGACCCGGUUUUUGUAGCUUGCCGUCAACGCCAACUCGGGCCUUCAACCGACCUGGUGUCUGUUGCUUUGAUCUCUGCGAGGAAGAACUAGUUAUGGAGAGGGUAGAGUCAGGGAGGGAUUUAAGGGCUAAAAUGUUUGAGAAACUGAGUAAAGAGAAUCCAUUAGAUGGGAUGGUAUCCGACCCGGUCCUGUCUGAAGCUCCGAACCCGGAUGUUGGUUGGAUCUCUGAACUGAUUCAGUGAAAUACUUUUAGCAUCUACUUGAAAUAUGGGGCUUUCCUUUUUGUUUCUUUCUGCCAGUCCCCUGCAUGCGAAUACUAAGCAGGGAGAAGGUAAAAGAUCUAUUUUCCAGUAUUACUCCUUAUCAUUUGGAAGCAUCAAAAUUCAGAAGAUAAUUCUAUGUACAUAUAUAAUAGUAGUAAGAUUUUAGUAGUGGAACUGGAGCAAAUCUCUAUUUUUGGUUGUUUUUAAUAUUCUGGAGAUGGAAGAUGGAUUAUUCUGUUUUGUUUUGGCUUUUUGCUCUUUUUUAAGGUUGUCCAUCUUCUGCUCCUAGUGUUAUCUGAUCAAUAAUUAGUAGUAGCAGCAGUAUUUGUAAUAUCGUAAGUCUUCAUUUUGAUUAACGGAUGUUUAUCCUUGUAAAUAUAGAAGGAGCGAUGCUCUUAAUGCUAUUGGAAAUUAAAAAUGUAAUGCAAUUUA